UAUAUUUGUUACUGACCCUUUCCAUAGAUUUCUGAUUUUCAUUCGUGGUUUUAAUUAAUCUUUUUAGCAGAUUGAGACUGAAAUUAUACAUGUGCUCUUAAUUUGAAAGGAACGCAAAAUGAGUCGUAAAGUGCACUGUAAAUUCGCUGGUUAUAGAAGCUGUUUUGCCUCCUUGUGUCACCAAUUUAGAAAAUCUAUAACGAUGCAUAAGCACCUGUUGUCAUACUCCAGACAAGCUGACUUAAACUUAAUGCUCUUAUGUGUCAGAGAAUUAAACACACAAACAAUGUCGAGCAGCACAAUGGAAACCAUCUUCGCCUGAACCAACAAAACUGGGGCACCUGGCUCGGGAAAGAAAACGAAAAUGGCCAAGUUAAGCAGGAGGAAGGCGAGGCUGAAGACCAGAAUCAAGACAUAAACAAACAGACUGCCGGUGGGGAGAGUGAACAGGCCCGUGCUGCUGAGGGGGAUGCUCAGCUUCUUCAAAAAGCUAAGGGCUUCAGCGGUUACAUUUAUAAUUUCGCCAGCAGUGCCUCGAAGAAACUGUCGGAGUCCGUCGCUGAAACAGCACAAACCCUGAAGAAAUCUGUAGAGGAGGGCAAGAUAAAUGGAAUUAUUGAUAAGACCAUUUUGGGUGAUUUCCAAAAAGAACAAGAAAGGUUUGUUCAGGAGAACAAAGCGAGAAAGCCUGGUGCUGCUGUGCCACCAUGGGUUGGUUAUAACGGAGAGGAGACCAUACAGCAACAGAUUUUAGCUCUCUCAGCUGACAAGAGAAAUUUUUUGCGAGAUCCUCCUGCUGGGGUGCAAUUUCAAUUUGACUGCGAGCAAAUGUAUCCAGUCGCCAUGGUGAUGUUGGAGGAAGAUGAGCUCCUUCGGAAGAUGCGCUUCCAUCUGGUCCCCAAACAGGUGAAAGAAGAAGUUUUCUGGAAGAAUUACUUCUACCGCGUGUCCUUAAUAAAACAGUCGGCUCAGCUCACCGCCCUGGCAGCACAGCAGGCUGCCGAGCGGAGAGACAGGGAGAAAACUGGCACCGGUCCUGAGGGUGUUCACCAAAUGGAUGUAGUGAAACAGAAAACUCCCCCAGCCAUCCGCAGCACCAAACCAAAGACAAGUGAGGAUGAGGAGGAGAUCUCCACCAGCCCGCCUGUGUCUGAAUUUGUGAGUGAUGCUUUUGACUCAUGCAAGAUAAAUGAGGACGACCUACGCAAAGAAAUGGAACAGCUGGUGCUGGACAAGAAGAGGGAAGAUCCCAACACACACCAGGAGGAGACUCCUGACUGGGAGAGAGAGCUGCAGGAGGAACUUCAGGAGUACGACGUGUUGGAUGAUAAUGAGAACCGCGAUGACAACUGGGACAAGGAGAUUGAAGAGAUGCUAAAGGAGGAUAGUUAGGACGCACCUACAUCAGCUUUAACUGUUUGAAGGUCAGAAACAGCACAUGACUACAGAUUAAAAUGCUCCCACCGGAGUGAUUCAUUACAAAACUGGUCCUCAAAGAACUCUGAAGACAGUGAAAUAUCGCUGAUAAUCAUUUAUAUUUCAGUGAGAUGUUUCUGUUCAAAGUUUUAUGAGAAAAUAUUUUGUAAUGUCUCCAGCGGGUGACGGAGAAGGAGAUGUCGUCCUGCAUCUCAAGCUCAGAUUAUGAAAAUGUGAACAUCCACAAAAACCAGUGAAGUAGCGUCAGACUCGGGCCUCAAGAAUUAAAGUGAGACUAUUUUUUGCUGAAUACUGCCUCUGUUACCAAAAGUGGAAAUUACAUGAUAGUAAAUGUCUAAAACACAGUCAAGCUAAAGCACAAUAGCAGCAUAAAUGGACAGGAGUCACAACUUUAGCAAACUGACUCAGCUUUGUCUGCCACACACCAGUAACAACCUUAAUUUCACAACAUCAGCCACUCAGCACAACAGACUGAAAUGGACUGGAGCAGCAAAACCAGUGAAAGUACAGAACUGAGUGAGGGUGGACUGUGUUGUAAAUUAAAUUUAAAAUCAAUGAAAACAAAGUCUGUAGUGUGGGAUUGUGAGAAUCGUUGUCCUCAUAGAUAAACAACCAAAAUAUAUGUGCAGAAAUGUUUACAGAGGAGCCGAUGUGUUAAAGUUUUAUUCUUGUUACGUGUUGUCAGAGCAGCGAACAUUGUUUGAAACAUUUGCAAUAAUGUAACUAUACGGAUAUGUUACAUAAUCACAGACAUGUGUGGAGGAAUGCGCAAUGUCUUCUUUAAAAAGUUACAUACUCUCGCUUUUAAAGAUACAUUUUAGGCAAGAAUACCAUCAUGAUCAUUUCAAUUUUAUCCACAUUAAAGUGUCAGUGUGGUGAAUCAUCAAAUGCUAUUGAAAUCAAAGUUUCAGUAUGAAGUAUGAAGCCACAGACCAGAGGCUUCCAUGUGUCUCUUUCACUUUACUGAUAUCAGUUGUCUGAAACAAGUCGGGUGAUGUUUUUCCUUCAGGGGAGGAUUUCAUGACAGAAAAGUAUAUUUCUGAAGAAAUUCUAUCCUACGACUGAGCCAAACCUUUUGUUUUUACACGUGGAAAUGAUGCUGUGUUUCCUGCAGAUAUGUGAUUGCCUGUUUUAAUACAAUUUUGAAAAAUCUGUGCAUUAUGGAAUAGAAUCUUAAUCUGUAAUAAAAAGUGUAUUUCAUACAUGUAAUAGAUAUAAAUACCUCCAGUAAUGCUGCCUGCGGAUCUCUUGAGAGCCGUUCAUUCGAAUGACUUCCUGCAGGAUUGCUCGACUGAGAUGACUUCAUUUCUAGUUGACAAAAUGGAUGACUGAACAUAUAUAUGUAUAAUUUCUAAUGCAUUGUCUCCACAUGCAAACAUAUACUGUAGAUGCUGACCCUGUGUAGUAGUUUGAGGAGACGUGCCAGUCUGAACCAACCUACUGCUCUUCCUGUUUGCACCAGGAAUGAUUCGAAACUCAACCCAAAAAUCCAGUGUCUUUGUUUUUAUACUUGUCACAGAACGUCUGUCUGGUCUAAUCUACAUUUUUAUUAAACCUUAACAUUUAUUAUCUAAAAA